CCGCUUCUUUCGAGUCUUUGUGGGAAGAAUUUGAACCACUGAACCAGAGUAGCCACUGGUUCAGUGAAAAAUGCGUGGAACAAGAGUGGGAGACACACGGACAAAGUCGGAAGAAACGAAAUGUCGAGCCGUGUACUUGAGAUGCACUUUUGUGCUAGAACCCAUGAUCGCAAGUUUCCAUGGCACCAAGGUCACACCCGAACUGGCCGAGACAAUUCAGGCUUUAGUGCGGGAUAAUACGUGGUUUUCGAAUGUCUCGCUCUGGUUCAUGAAUUGUCAACCUGAAGAGAACGAAUACACGUCACGGACCACAACCGGACAGUUGGUGUCCUCCAUCUUCGGGAAUACUCGACGCAGUCAUAAACUCGCCAACAGCCGCUACUGUCGUGAAGUGGAUGAGCAUACACUCUCGCUCCACUUUGGAUCGGUUAUCUUGGAUACCAAGAAACUGGAAAUGCCGCUGGAAAUGGACUUGGAGGAGCCGACGACCAGUCAACACUGGUGGAAAUGGCUGGCUUACGCUCUGUUCUCGAAACACAUCGAGGCGCUUUCGUCCAUCUUAACGUCCGAACACCCGAAGAAGUUUUUUUUGGGUGCAGCUGAGCUCAACAAACGAGGCCAGCCAUCGAGAGGAGCCCAACAUUUAACCUUCGAGACGUUGAUAAAGUCAGCUCGUAUCUUCAGUGACGACGGCAGUAGCGAAUGGAUAAACGCUCUUGUCCCAGACUACGGUCGAUGUUACGUGCAACGCACAGGCUUGGAGCUUCAAGAUACGACUGCCGACUCAGCUAGUGGCGUGAUGGACCUUAAAAUCGAGUUUGUAAAAGACAUGGAGUCGAUCUUGGAUAGCUUGCCGAGUUUCCUGGCGGCAAUUGGCUACUUGUUGAAGACUUCCACAAUUGAUAUAUCGGAGAUCGAGUUCGACGUGAACGAAAUCGAAAAUUACCGUCCAGCUUUUCAAGCGGGACUACGUGCGCAUCUGGACAUGCUGCUGACGCCAUCACUUGGAGCUAUCAUCCAGAUAUUUGCGUUCCUAACCCCGUGUGUACUGUGUGAAGUGUACUUACGCGAUCCACCGGAUGUGUUUUCGUUGAAUGGUGUCGGCAAGCGUACGGCACGGCUUCAAGCUUUGGUCGCGUCAGCGUACGGUGAAUCCAAGCCCUUGGCCAAUGCAGGCGCUAGGGAUGGCGAGGCACGCGCCUUCAUCCCUGCCAGCGAAGGUGAGGUUUAUGCCACAGAGCUGGAGUGGAUCAGAGGCACACUGCACGGACUACAAGUGGGCGUUGGCACGCGCCCACGACUGCAUGACCACUGA